GCGGAAUCUUUCAAAGAGAUCUGGAAGUCGCCUCCAACCCCGACAAGUGCGAAGAAAAGUGAUAAAAGCGAGGAAGCACUCAACACCACGAAGUCUGUGACUAGCUGUGAGACAAAGAACAGUGAGACAAAGAACAGUAACAAAAGCAGCAGUUAUAUAACAAAGAAACGACAGAAUAAUAUGGCUAGUAGUGCAGACGAGGAUGUUAGGAAGAAACAGAAGACCAAAAAUGAAAAGAAAAGUUCAUAUUCCCUACCAGGUGCUUUGGGAAUGGGAAAAUGGCAACAUGCCAGCAUUACCACCGUCCCUUUUGGUUUGUAA